GAAUCAAGAAUCUCAAAGAAAGGCGAUAUUGACAUUGGAAAAUAGGUUAUACUACCAGAGAUUAACUUUGAGACAGUUUUACUUUGCUGUAUAAUUGAAGUAUAAUUAUGUAAUUAGUAGACGCAAGAUAUUAUGAGUACUCAUUGAGUAUUUCCAUUAAUCAUGAUCAACAUAUAAAAAAUACUGUAAAUAAUGAUAACAGAUGUUUUUGUUAAUACUUGGCAAUGUAUGCGGUUAUUACUGUUUAUUUUAUUUCAAAUGAAUAUUUUGAUCAUAUAAAUAGAUAUUGUAGAGAAGCAAACUGUAAUAAUGGCUAGUAUAAGUGUUGAUGAUGGUGCUGGUAAAUACUUUGUACAAAAAACUAAUUUGAUUUGUGCAUAUUGUCCAUCUUCAUCUUUCAAUCAACUGCCGGACUUUGUCAAACACCUUGGGGAAAAGCACUGCACCCGGGAGGGCGGCUCAUUCGUGUGCCGUUACGGAGACAAUCGCGUAUGCUGCACUCUGCCGGUGGAGGGGGUGAAUGGAGCGGACUACGAGCAGCACAUCCACAGGCACCAUGUGGCAAACAACAACCACCCCCGGCGCAAGGUGUCCACCGCUUCCAGCUCCUCCCGAGGAGACGGUGCUGACGUCAUCAAAUGGUCCUUCUACUCCGCCUCCCAGAAUCUGCCCGCUGUGCUCAAUGAUCCCGGCAAGGGCAAACAGAAAGACUUUUUUACAAAAACAUGGGGAGAUGGCUUUGUUGAAGUAUUCGAUGUACCUGGACCUAGUUAUUUACCAAAUAUUACCAUACAACACUUUCAAUCUUAUCUCAAGAAGAUAGCUAAGAGACAACGAAAACAUGAGAGGCUGAAUCUGUCUGUGCCAAAGCCACAUUCUCAUGCAGAAUUGCUACAGAAUUUCCCCAAUCUUAGAAUAGGAAAACCAGUUGAUAAGUUACAUUUUGACGUUAGUACUAUACCGAAAAUAUUUUUAGAACAGAAUUUUAAUCUAAGUUCGAAGAGAACGUUCAAUGAAGUGUUUCCCCACAUCACUGCCGAUGAAGCUCAGUCACCUCAAAGUCCGCUACAGCUGACUGACAGUGUUGUCAGCUCGACUAACAGCUCAGCCAAAUUGCUCCAAGAAAAGUUAACCCAUUACCUGGACAUUGUGGAAGUGCAAAUAGCCCAGCAAGUUGCUCAAAAAUCCGAUGCAUUUUUCCAUGCUAUGACGUCUCAUGACACGCUUAUGGAACAACUAGGCCAAACUGUUUCAAUUGUUAAAACUCUAAGGGAAAAGAUCCAAAGUAUAGACAGAGAUUUGGUGAAUGCACCCCUUACCAUAAUGAAUCAUGAGCGAACGAAACGAAAUCACUACGUUAUAUUAGAAAAAUUGAAAUUAAUGUCGUCGGUUCUACAAACUCAACCCACAAUUCAGCUGCUUCUGUCAACGCCAGACUAUGUGGCCGCCCUCGAUCUCAUCUACACCACUCAGGAUUUGCUUGCCCAAGAGCUGGCUGGUGUCCACAGUUUCAGGCAUCUGAGCUCAGAACUGAAUGAGAUGGUGAAGGUGAUUGAGACUUUGAUGGCGGGUGAGUUCGAGCGGUACGCGACCGCCGACCUCAAUCGACCACUCAGCGAGUCCGAGUCCUCUGUUCUCGAAGGGGACAAGCUGUUGUGCAUAGUUCUGGGCAUGCUGCGUCAGGGCAGCGUGGCAUUUGUGGAGGCGUACCAGAGGGAGGCAGUGGCGGCGAUCAAGGCGGCCGUGAAGCAGGUGGUGAUAGAGGUGGUGGCAGCCAGCGACCACGCCCACGCCGCCCCCGAGGCCACCCUCGACCACCAGCUCAAGGCGCUCACUGUCGACCAGUGGACCCUGCUCCUCAAGAACACCACUGUCUCACUGCUCAGGCUUGUCACCAGGGUCAAGAACGCAAGAGACGUGAUGCAGCGAGCGGCUGACGAGAGCGCCGGCAGACAAGUGCAGCAGAGUGACAGCGACAGUGCGAACAGCGCCACUGCAGCGCUCUCUGUCAUGUGCGAACACUUCCUCAGCGCCGAGGACUACGAGCGAGUCAGCCAUAAGCUCAGGUCGUUGCUGCUCUAUACCUGUCACUAUGCUCAGGACAGAUGCGCGCAGCUGCUGUCAAGCCGGUCGCUGGUGUGGCCAGAGGAGGAGGCGGUGAUUGGAGGAGGAGGAGGAGGCGGAGGAGAGGAGACCGGCAAGAUGUCAUUCCACUGGCUGGCAGAGCGCGCCACACUGACGCAACUCAGCGAGCUGUCGCGUCACGUCGAGUCGCUCAGCGUCAACUGCGAGCAGAUGUGUCCCGGCCAGCAGCCCAGUCAGUCGCACCUGCGCGCCGCGUUCAAGUCGCAGGCCAACCGAUUCAUGCACAAGUUCCACAUCGAGCAGAUGAUGAAGAUUACUCUCAUCCUGGAGAAUGAGACCUGGCGACAAACCGAUGUGCCUGUUGUCCUCCAGCAGCUCGUCAAUCAUAUAUCCGAGCAAGGAAGGUUUUCGUUGUCCAAAGAAGAAAUUGAUGAAAUGAGUGAGCAAACAAAUAAUAGACAGUCUCAUUUUCUCAUCAUUGGAACUGAAAAAUAUGCUGUUGUGGGGUGAGUCAACAAUAGAUGUUCUGUGACUAGCUAUAUAAUUUUAAUUUUUUGUCUUCAACUUUCUUUCUGUGAUCUUUACUUUACUUUUCUAACGUGAAAGUACCCCUUUUUUAAGCGAAUAACUCUAGAUUUCCAUAGAAAAAAAUCAUGGUCAAUGCAUUCUAUGUUACAUUUGAAUUUUUCAUUCUUUAUCACAAUUUGAGAAUUUCACAGUCUCACGUUCAAGAGUUAAUGGGAAUGAUAUCCCUGGAGCUCAUCUGCUCUUCGUUAUAAAAACACGUUUCACUUCAAUUUUCAUAAUCAAAUUCUUGUGAAUUGAUGUUUACGCAGAAAAGGAGUGUUGAAUAAUAAGUAUAAAAAUAAAUAAUGAAUAGAAUAUUUAAAGAAGAAAUAAAUUAAAUGUAAUAAAAAAAGGAUAACUGCAAUAAUAUUUAUGAAAGUUGUCCCAAAGUUUAGGUAAAAAAAGUGAUUUGUAACAA